GAGGGUAACAGAGCCACUGAACAGUGGUGAAGUGGAGCCUGCUCUGGACUUCUCUGGCUCCCCCAAAGGCUGGGGACCAGCAUUUGGGACCAGCUACCCCUGGGCUGAAGGAAACGAGUGAGGAACCACCUGGGAAGAACACUUCAGGACUGAAGGCUUGAAAAGGCCUUGGGUCCUACGGCCUACUGAGAGCCUGGGUUUCGUCCCAGCCCUGGGACAAGAGGUGAGGUGGAAGCUGAAUGCCUUAGGAAGAGUUCCCCUCAAACCAUCAGGUGCUGCACAUGGGCUCCUGCUGUGAACCAGAGCCCUGGGUUACUAAGCCCCAGGGAUGGGUGGUGGAGACAAAACAAAGAGUAUCCAUACACACUCCCACCCUAGGUAUGGACCAGGCUGCAGUAAAAAUGCCCGCCGCUUGAGCUUCAGACCAUGUAUUCGUACAGCUGCCUGGCUUCCAAGGAGGGCGUCUGGCCUCCGCUGCAGCCCCUCACCUACACCUACCUGCCCAGCCCUCUGCUGCUGCCCCCCAUCCACGCCCAUAGCUUCUACAGCUGGCCCCCAAGCCUGAGCGCAGGCGAGUGGCCGGCUCCGCGGGAAUACCACUGCUUCCACGGCCCACGCGCGCCCCUGGCGGCCGCGCUGCCCUCGUGGGCCUUCCAGCAGGCCUACGCCGCGGCCCUGCUCCCGCCUUUCCCGGCGCCCGGCUACCUGGGGCCAUCUCUACAAGGGCCCGCGGGGGAGGAGACGGCGGCUGCCCCGCGCUGGGCGCAGUGGCCCGAAGGCGGCAGCCUGCAGGCCGAACUGCGUUGGGGCCGCGUGGAGCGCGCGCUGGGCCCGCGCCUAGAAUUGCCGGACGUGGUGCGCCGGGAACUCCGGCGCGUGUACGGCACGUACCCGCGCACCGACGUGCGCGUCACCUACCGCGGCGGCGAGUUCCUGCUUCAGGCCACGCCGCGCGUCCCCGAGCCCGAGUACCGUGUGCAGAGGCGCGUGCUGCGGCCGCCCGCCAGCAGCGGUAGCGCCGACAGCAGCCCCGCCGCGGAAGUGGCAGAACGUGGACGCGGGAGGAAGAGGAAAGGCCGGAGCUGAGGACGCCGCGGGGCCCGGCGGCCGGCCCGAUGAGGAAACUGAGACCUAUACAGGUAAACAGCUUACCCAAGUUCACACAAUGGAGAAUGCACCUGGGAAAUCUAGCUGUACCUUAACUUCUAGGCCAAACUGCCUCUUCUAUAUUAGACACACUCAGCAAAAUGCAAGGAACAUUUACUAAACAGCUAUGUGCACUUGACUAGACACUAUGGGGUUCAUGAAUGAGCCCUUCUAGAGAGAAAUAUGGAGGAUUUGCAGGAGAUCAUCUGCUCUGCUGGGAAGUUGAUGGAGGCUUCCUCGAAGAGGCAUCUGAAAGAGACUUUGAAGGAUGUAUAGGAUCCCAACAGAUAGUGAUGGGAAGGAGGUGUCCCAGGAAGAACUGAGGAGGUUUCAGCAUGAGUAAAGGUAUGGCAGCAGGACCAGGGAGCAAUGUGGUUCAUUAGAGGGCAGGUUAUAACCAGGGAGAAAGGAAUCUCAAGCUUGAAAGCAAAGUGGAGGCCAUACUGUGAAAGACUUUAAUUAUAAAGUAAGGAAUAGGGAGAAGCUUUUGAGGUCUUUAAACAGAAGUGUUGUCCAAGUUGAAGUUGUUAAAAGAUGUAGCCAGUGCCUGGAGGAGCCCCUGGCUGGGAUGCUUUGAGCCUGAGCCAGCAGCUUCCCCAUAACCUCUCUGUUGAUGGUACAGCACAGCCGGGCACCAGAACUGAGUCCCUAGGCCAUUUGCUCAAGCUCACAGCCUAUGGAAUUCAGUUCUCAGAGCCAGGUGGCCAACAUUCUCCCAGCCUUGAUUCUGCCCUCCUGUGCUCUCUUCUGUGAAUUCCUCCGAUUCCCACCAUGGAUAAGGAACCUGGGAUCUCAAGAUUCCUCCUAUCCCAGAGAGGGUCUGAGCUUAGAGCUGAAAAAUAGAGCCCAUACCCAGGGAAAGGGGCAAGAGUUCUCUGAGUUCCCACAGGAGGGAUGCAGGAUAUGAGGGGAGGGGGCUUAGGGCCAUGGCAGGGAUUCUAUGAGUACUGUGGAAUCAUUUCUUGCCCAGAUGUGCUCCUGGUGGGGCCAGAUGUUGAGAGGUACUCCAGGAGAAGUCGGGGUGAGGGAAGUGCCAGAAUAUCUGCAUGGAGAAAGGCAUCUCUCUGGAGACUGGGAGGCUUCCUGAACCAGAGGGAAACCCUAAAAUAUGAAUCCCCAAAAUAGGAGUCCCAAAGCUCCAGCUCCCUGAAAAUCUCCCCACCAAAAAUGAAGAUCUGAGCUACGUGGGAUAGGUAGGGGCGUGAAAGAGAAAUCUUUCCCUGAAACACGCUUUCAUUUCUGGAGAGUUAAACAGGGCAAUGGGGGCUAUUCCCCAUCCCCAGGCAGAGCCACAGCCUAUCCCUGGAGAGGAAAAGGCAAGCCUGCAAGCCCAGGAGCCACUCCACCCCCACCCUGCUUGGGUUGUGACCAAGGGCCCACACAUACCCAUGAAGCCUCCUUUCUUGCUCCUGGGGCUGGAU